UUCCUCCCGCUGGCCAGGCGCCCUUGCAGACCCCUGGGGAUAGAGGUGAGCAGGGUCUUCAUCAUUUGUGUUGGCCGUUGAGCAGCCAUCCGCCAAGCCCCUCGCCUGUGUGCAAAUCGAAGGACCCCUGGUACCCGCUCCCGGACGUCACCGCUUUCCCUGGGGUGGAGACGGACGAGUCUGGGCACCGGGAGCCGCGAGGGGUCCGGGAGCUGGCGGGCGUGGGCGCCGAGCGCAUGCGGGCAGGCGCUCGGCGCCCUCAGGGGGCGCUCGCGGGGCGCCGCUGUCCGCUUGGGCUGCUGCGCGCGGUCCUCGUCAGAAGGAGCGAGUCUCCGAGCGCGGCCGCGCUCCGCGCUCCCCGCUCCCCGCCCCACGUCGGCCCCGCGUCGCCGCGCCCGCCCCGCCCAGCAUGGAGCCGGGGCUCCCGGGGACGCCCGACUCCGCGCCCCGCUGCCGCUGACCGCCGUCCCGCACGCCGCCUGCACCCUGGCCGCCGCCUCGCCGUGCCUGCCCUCCUCCGCGCCAGAAUGAAGAAGAUGAGCAACAUUUAUGAGUCGGCUGCCAAUACUCUGGGAAUCUUUAACAGCCCCUGCCUGACCAAAGUCGAGCUGCGCGUGGCGUGCAAGGGCAUUUCUGAUAGAGAUGCUCUUUCCAAACCAGACCCCUGUGUCAUCCUCAAGAUGCAGUCCCAUGGGCAGUGGUUCGAGACCAGCAGAGUUUGGGAUGCACGUCUGAGGAAUGAGAAGACAGAAAGGAGGCUUCUGUUUCCUCCUAGAAUAUGGAGAUGCGACGGCCUUUUGUUGGGUGAAACUUGCAGUGCAGGGCUGGAGGCUGCGAGCUUUUCCAGCAAUUCCUUCCUGGUUACAGGCUCGUGGACAAGUUUCUUUCACUCCUGGGAGAGCAGUGAGUCUUUUAUGUGUGGAGCCAGGAGGAUGAAGGCCAAAAUAGCAGCUUCACGCAUAUGUGAGGUUGACAGAACAGAGGUGAUUCGCACCUGCAUAAAUCCAGUGUAUUCAAAACUGUUCACAGUGGACUUUUACUUUGAGGAGGUGCAGCGCCUGCGGUUUGAGGUCCAUGACAUCAGCAGCGACCACAAUGGGCUGAAGGAGGCCGGCUUCCUGGGCGGCAUGGAGUGCACGCUGGGCCAGAUUGUCUCCCAGAGAAAGCUGUCCAAGUCACUGCUGAAGCACGGGAACACAGCUGGGAAGUCUUCCAUCACGGUGAUUGCUGAAGAAUUGUCUGGCAAUGAUGACUACAUUGAGCUUGCGUUCAAUGCACGGAAAUUGGAUGACAAGGAUUUCUUCAGUAAAUCUGACCCAUUUCUAGAAAUUUUUCGUAUGAAUGAUGAUGCAACUCAGCAGCUUGUACACCGAACUGAGGUUGUGAUGAAUAAUUUAAGCCCAGCCUGGAAAUCAUUCAAAGUAUCAGUAAAUUCUCUAUGCAGUGGAGAUCCCGACCGCCGGCUGAAGUGCAUAGUAUGGGACUGGGACUCCAACGGAAAGCAUGACUUCAUUGGCGAGUUCGCCUCGACGUUCAAGGAGAUGAGAGGGGCGAUGGAAGGGAAGCAGGUGCAGUGGGAGUGCAUCAACCCCAAGUACAAAGUCAAGAAGAAGAACUACAAGAACUCGGGCAUUGUGAUUUUGAAUCUGUGCAAGGUCCACAAGAUGCACUCUUUCCUGGACUACAUCAUGGGUGGCUGCCAGAUCCAGUUUACGGUAGCCAUAGAUUUCACCGCCUCCAACGGGGACCCCAGGAACAGCUGCUCCCUGCACUACAUCCACCCGUACCAACCCAACGAGUACCUGAAGGCCCUGGUGGCCGUGGGGGAGAUCUGCCAAGAUUAUGACAGUGACAAAAUGUUCCCAGCCUUCGGGUUCGGUGCCAGGAUACCCCCAGAGUACACGGUCUCUCAUGACUUCGCAAUCAACUUUAAUGAAGACAACCCAGAAUGUGCAGGAAUUCAGGGAGUCGUGGAAGCCUACCAGAGCUGCCUUCCCAAGCUCCAACUCUACGGCCCCACUAACAUCGCCCCUAUCAUCCAGAAGGUCGCCAGGUCAGCGUCCGAGGAGACCAACACCCAGGAGGCGUCGCAAUACUUCAUCCUGCUGAUCCUCACCGAUGGCGUCAUCACGGACAUGGCCGACACCCGGGAGGCCAUUGUCCACGCUUCCCACCUGCCCAUGUCAGUCAUCAUCGUGGGGGUGGGCAAUGCUGACUUCAGUGACAUGCAGAUGCUGGAUGGUGACGACGGGAUUCUGAGGUCCCCCAAGGGAGAGCCUGUCCUUCGAGACAUCGUCCAGUUCGUGCCCUUCAGGAACUUCAAACACGCAUCCCCAGCUGCCCUGGCAAAGAGCGUGUUGGCCGAAGUCCCAAACCAAGUCGUGGACUAUUACAACGGCAAAGGGAUUAAGCCAAAAUGUUCAUCAGAAAUGUACGAGUCUUCCAGGACACUGGCGCCAUGAACUGCACAAACUUUUACAGAGUUCUGACAUACUAUUCCUUCUAAUAUUUAAUACUUCUAAUACUCCUGUACUCCACACAUACACAUUUAAAAAUAGCACGUUUCAGUGAUUUUUAACUAACUGAAAAUUUUUUUGCAUGUGUAGCCCUGAGGCCUGGAUCUAUUAAGCCCUAGUAUUGUUAGACUUUUUACUAAAAAAAAAAACUACAAAUAAUUAUAAUUUACUCUUUACACUACAGCAUGUCACCUUGAAAUAAAAUGGUAUCUGUAUCCAUUUUUUAUACAGGUUUGUUGAAAUUUUGCUAAAUUUCUUAUUAUCUUUACACUGUAAAGCAUUUUGAAACAUUUACUGAAUGUUGAUAGCCAAAAUAUAUUUGGUUUUAUCUGCUACAAGAUGAGAGCCUUUUCAAAAUGGCAGGUGCAUGGACUGUAUUUUGCAUGUUUAAAAUAAAAAAAAGAAGCACACUCUUUCUGCAGUUGUUAUCUCUAAUUCCUCCCUGCUGAGAAUGAUCUCUUUACUGAAGAAGAGGUUUAUCCACCUAGAGGUGUUCUUGAAAUGGGUCUGGGGUACAUGGCCCAGCACCUCUCAGACUUUACUGAGCACACGGAUACCCUGAGGGUCUCACUAGCAUUCAGACUCUGCUACAGUAGGUCUGCGUGGGCCCAAGGCUCUGCAUCCCUAACAGGGUCCUGGUGAUGCCAUGAGGUGCACAGAGAGCACUGGGGUUCCAGGCUUUUGGGUGUGACCCUAGAGAGCAUCUGGAACAAGGCAGCCCCUCAUCUGCUAGAGUAGCCCAUCUCCCUGGCUGUAGCACAAAGGUCCUGCCCAGCUCCAAAGUGGGAGCAGAAGGUAAUGAGACUGGCUCCAGAAGCUGCACACCCAGUCAGUCUCACUGCCUUGUAGUCCCACCUCUUCCUGAGGCAGACUGGGUGGGCCCCUUCCAGCCUCUGCCCUCCUGAAGGAGGUAGCACACCCAUGGCACGGCUGCCUCCAUUUGCCCAUCAAUCCCUUGGAACGACCUCUGUCUUCAGUGGAACCACACAGUGGAAACUUGCCCACGGCGAAUGGCCAUGCAGUAUGGCUCCCAGAUACCUGGCUAACCAAGCUGGUCUGUAAACUUAGUGCGGGGCUUCUUUUUGCCCCUCUUCGUCACUCCUGAGAGCAAACUCUAUCAGCAGAAAUGCCUGGAAAAGUUGCUCUGGGUGGAGGUGUUUUGCUUUGAUAUAAACUGGUCAGUCUUAAACCAGAAGAACGAACGUCUCACUUGUAUAAUCUUUGUGUGAAAAAUGGACAAAUGUUUAACAGGCACAGAAGGCACAGGGUGGACCUUAUUUGGGGUCAGAGAGAUGGAGAGGUAAAUCACAAAGCAGAAUAGAUCUGUUUGUUGUUUGUUGCUUGUUGAGGGGGGAAGUAUUAAUAAGCAAAUCAAAUGCCUUCUAUGACUUCCAGUGUUACAAUUAUAGAUCCUAACCUUGCAAAUACAUGUCAGCCAAAUGCACAUUUUGAGAAUGAAGGCAAAAUGUAUGACUGAAAAAUACCAUAAACAUUUAAACUGUAUUGUUUUAUGAAUAAA